CUCAUACCUCUGUGACACCCGUCGCUGGGGAAAUUGUCCCCAUGGACAUCGAACUGCACAACAAGAGUAUGCUAACCUACCCAGGAACUCCCGACCCACCUAUCGCCUGCUUCAAGAAGACGAUCAACUUCCAUGACUUCUCAAAGGGCUUGGUGGCUAUGAAGUUUGUUGGGAAAAACGUCUGUUUUGUCAAAACAUCUGACGAGACAUAUGAAGAAAUUGUGAAGGUCAUUGAUCGUAUCAAAAAAGGAGAUAACGCCCCAAAGUCUAUAGCCACGGAAGAGUGGGUCACUCCCAGAACUCAAGUGCCUACUGAAGAAGUCGCCCGGAGAGUAGGCUCAAAGAUCGCUAACUUCUGUAGCGGCUGCAAGGUGUAUGUCCUCCAAGAUGGCAAAGUGAUUCGGACUGCUGCAGAUGUCCCCAGAGUAACAAGGCGUGGAAGAGACGAUUCUCCAUCAAGCCUGUCCAAUCAUAGAAGGAGAUCAUGCGGUUGGUUGGCGGUUUGCUUCGGUUGUAGCGUUGGCAGUAGAGAAAAGGAGGAGAGUCACUCUGGGGCAGAUCAGCCUGUAGGCUUGAACAGACAACCCAGCUCGGAAUAA